AUAGAAAAAGUGUUUACAUGUUUUUGUUUAUGUCGGGUUUCUAUUAAUUUUCAGAUUUAUUAAUUUAUUUUAGAACAAUGGGAAGGUCGAAAAAUUCGCCAAAGAAACGCAGUAAUUCAAUGGAUGUUAGCGGUCCUUGUAUGGAUUACAUUCCAGUAAUAAAAAAGCGUAAACGAAAAAUCCAAAACAAAUCUGAAAUAUUAUUCAAUAUAUCCCUCUCGUCUAAUUCCUCUACAAAAUUAUAUUUAGGUGAAAUACUAUUAGGUCCUACAAAUAAUAUAUUUCCUCAAGACUACGAAAAGGUGAAAAUUUCUUUUAGAUUUUCAGAAGACAUUGAUCAGGAACUUUGUGAUGAUGAUGAUGUAAGGGAUGCUAUCAUAGUAGUUUGUGAUACAAUUUUAGUAGUUAUCAAAAGUAUCACCGAUACACAUUUUAUUAAAGAAUUAGUCAAGGAGAAGAUAUUUUCCUUUGAUUUCGUCUACAAAGAUGAAAAUGUCUAUUUAAAAAUUUAUUUUGGAAUUCUACCACUGCCUCAUUUUUCCCCGAAACUUGGAAAUACUAUAAAAACUCUGUUUUCUAUGGUUUUGAAUGGGAUUGAUCUGCUGCUAGAUGAUAGCUUUACAAGUUCACAUAAAAAAAAUCAUGGAAGUAGUGAAAUAUCAAAAUUAUAUGAAAAAUUGUCUGAAAUGAGAAAAACAGAUGGUUAUAUAAAAAAUGAAAUAGCACAACAUAUUUAUUUAAGACCUACUUUAAGACAUUAUCAAGAACAAUCUGUGCAUUGGAUGUUGCACAGGGAACAUAUCCAAAACAAUUGUACAGACAAACUUCAUCCACUUUAUACAGAAAUAAAAUUAGAAUCCAAUUUUGUAAUAUAUUUCGACAAAUAUACAGGUUUUGUAACAUCCGAAAAACCAAUAAUAUCUCCAAACAGUAAAGGAGGCAUAUUAGCUGACGAAAUGGGUUUAGGAAAAACUGUUGAAGUACUAGCAUGCAUAUUACUUAAUCCAAAAAUAGAGGAAUCAAACAAAAAUUCUGAUGAAAGUGAACCCGUUGCUAAAAAGGCAACUGAAGCAAAAAUAGAUGAUUCAGACGAAAAUUCUGAUACAGAAAGUGAACCCAUUGCUAAAAGUCGGACUAAAAAUCGAAGGAUCCUUGAUUCUGAUGAUGAAUCUGAUACCGACUUUACACCAAAAAUCAGUAAGCAACCAAAAAAACUGAAGAUCAAAGUUCCUCUUGAUAAUGACAACAUUGAUGAGCCUAAAAUAUUGAAUGUACCUGAAAACUGGGUUAAACCGUCUAGUAGGAAAAGUGUCAAUAAAGUGGCAUUAGAAAUGUGGUAUAACAGUAUCUUGUCAGGAAUGAGUACAGUAAACAACAAUAUCAAUGAAAAUCCAAAUCGGAUUUCUGUUCAGUGUAUUUGUGGAAGUAAUUCUGAAGAUGAUGCAAUCAAAUGUACGAAAUGUCCUAAAUAUCAACACAAGAAGUGUUUGGGUUAUAAAAAGUCUUUAGGUAAAUAUAUGUGUCCUCAAUGUUGGAUUGACGAACCACUGCUCGAAUCGAAAGCCACUUUAAUAGUUACUCCGGUGUCGCUAAAAACGCAAUGGUGCAAAGAAAUAUGCAACCACGUAAAAGGAAACAUUAAAAUUUUACAAUACGAAGGAGCCAGUGCCGUUUCGGUUUAUCCUACUGAUCUAAAAGAAUAUGAUAUAGUUUUGACGACUUACGCCGUUUUGCAGAACGAGCUGAGGUUAACUCAAAAUGGACAGCCGCUUAACUUAAGAAAAGAACGGAAAUACUCCGCACCUGGUAGUCCUUUGACUAGGUUGAAUUGGUGGAGAUUAUGUCUCGAUGAAGCUCAAGCUGUUGAAAUGCCAGGUCGACUGGUAUCGGAAAUGGCAAGAAAAAUCACUGCGGUACACAGAUGGGCGGUAACGGGAACACCUAUUUCCAAAAAUAUAUCAGAUCUCUACGGGUUGAUUGAUUAUUUACAAAUAUCUCCAUAUAACGAUGACAUAACUUGGAAAAAGAUCCUUUAUGAACCCUACUUGAAUGGUAAUGAGAAACCAUUGUUGGAUUUUUUGUUUGACGUCUUAUGGAGGACUGCUAAAAAAGAUGUGACAGAUCAAAUAAAUAUACCGAAGCAAACGUACUUAGAACACACGCUUGAAUUUUCCGCUGUCGAAAAAUAUUUUUACAAGCGCGAACAUGAAUUGAUCUCCAAUAAUUUUCUUAGUAAAGUUCGCAAAUUCGAUUUGUCACUGCACUUGGAAAACUUGGAUAAAAGUACUUUAAAAAAGCUGCUGGCUCCAUUAUUGACCUUAAGGCACACCUGCACCCAUCCCAACACGGUCAGAGGCAGAUAUUUGGCGACAAAAAAACAAGUGACGUCUAUGAAAGAAUUGCUUAGCGCCCUAAUUUUGAAAAAUACGAACGAUAGCGAAGAUUGUCUUAGAUUGAUAAUAUCGUCUUUGAACGGUAUGGCUGGUAUUUAUUUACUUCUCGAUAAUCCCCAAGAGGCGAUCAAUCGCUACAGAGAAGUUUUACAAUUGGCGACGAGAUUUUCUGGAGAAAGAGACGAAUCAAAAUUAAAUAUCGAUAAACCGCAAGUGAUACACACAAUGUACAAUUUGGCGGAAGUACUGGAUACUCAUACUCCAGAUCAACCGACAUUAAGAGAUGCAAAUUUGAGGAGUGAUCGUGAUGAUCUUGAGAAGAAGUACAUGGAAAAGUUUAUUGUUGAGUCGUAUAGCGCUUUCGACAGUUUCAAUACUAUAAUGUCAAAUGUGGAAAAGAUGCAAAAUAGCUUCGUUCUAAAAAAUGGUCAAUGGUAUUCAGACGGACUGAAUUGGAUAUUUAUCAAUGGGCAUUUUGAAGAGCUGCAUUCCAAAAUUGAAUCGGCCUGCGAUAGAGCCUGUGUAAAUAAUACUUUAAGGGCAACCAGCGAACGCACUAUGCUCCAACUGAUCUACCGCUGGGACGAAGAUCUAUCGGAUCUGAGAUCGGAACUGUUCCAAACCGUCGAAGACCUCUACAAUUACGAGAAGGAAGGCGAACAAAGGAUCGUAGUAAAAGAAGAUCUGGUAACCGAGGCCAUGAACUGCCAUUUGAGGCCGCAAAAGAAGGGCAAACAGCCGCCGAAAUGUCCCGUUUGUCUAGCGAACGAUACUUUAAAAAAGUACGAAGGAAGGCUGUUCGGAAUGAUCGAGAGACAAAGAACGUUCGAAGAUAUGUCUUUGCAGGGUGCAUGGAAACCCACUUUACAAGAAUUGGUGUUGAAAGCUAUUUUGGUAGUACUGAAAUCCAAAAAGUCUAAACCAGAGUUUAUAAAAGAUGGACAAAUUCACGUAGCCAUAAUUGAUAAUAUAAAAAAGGAAUUUAAGGAACUAAGACGUCUCUGGACGUUUUUGGAUCAACAAAUAUGCGCCAAAGAUGAAUUAGAUAUUUGCAAAGUCAGAUUACAAUUGAAAACGGAAAACGAGACCGUUAAAGUUAAUUCUACAUUGAAAAAUCUGAAUUAUAAAAUUGAAUCGAGAGCCGAAACAAUUCAUUUGCUAAGCGUUCAUGAGCUUGGUUAUCAAAUGGCGUUGCUGGACAACGACGUCAAACAACAUUCCGUGAAAUUGGAAAAACUAUUAGGAACGCAAAGUUAUCUCGAUAACCUAAGAAAACAACAAUACGAAGGUCAGAGUCCCGACCCUUGUCCAAUUUGUAAGAAUGCUUUGGAGCAGCACUGGAGCAUAUUGUCGUGCGGUCACAGUUAUUGUUUGGAGUGUAUUCAAAUUCUUCUGGAACAGUCAGCUGGUGAUCAUAUUCAAUGCUCGAUUUGUCGAAAUAAACAAAAAUACCAAGACGUAUCAUACAUAAAAGCUGGCGGCAACACUACAGACGACAACGACGCCAAAACGAUCAAGGGAAAUUAUUCGACAAAAAUCGAAGCAGUCAUACGAGUUUUACUGGGUUUGAAAGACGAAAAUCCCGAUGUCAAAGUGUUGCUGUUUUCCAGUUGGAUAACUAUUUUGAAAAGUUUAAAAAAUGCUUUAAAUGAAAAUUCAAUUUCUUGCGAGCUGGGCCAAUCUGGAACUCUGGAUUCGAGGAUUACCAGUUUUAAAGAUCCUUCCAAGAAGAUUAUGGUCCUUCUUCUGCCUAUAAAUCUAGGAUCAAAGGGCUUAAAUCUCGUCGAAGCUACUCAUGUUAUCUUAGUUGAACCAGUUUUGAAUCCUGCAGAUGAAUUACAAGCUAUUGGAAGAAUUAGUCGUAUUGGACAAACUAAGGCAACGUUCGUGCACAAAUUCCUGAUAACCAACACCAUCGAGGAGAAUAUUCAUCAGGCUACGACUUCAAACGCUGAACAUUGGGAAAAAAGUCGCGUUACUUUGCAGCAUUUAGUUGACUUGUUCCAUGUUGCUGCAGUUUCAGAACCAUCUACAUCUUCAGAAGUAGUUGUAAACGAGAUUAUCGAAGACGUUUCUUUAAAUGAAACUCAAGAUUUAGAACCAUCUGGAUCUAUAAUAGAAAUUGAUGAAGAUGAAAUUGAUUCGGAAUCAAACAAUAGUUCUGUUGUAGAGAAUUCUAUAUGUUCUUUAAACGUAAUUCGCACUUCAAAUACAUCCGAAUCGACGCACGUAGAUGACACUGCAGUUUCUUUUGAAUCUAUAGGAAUUGACAAUGAUGUAGUAAUUUCAGACUCGUCUUUACUGUUAAAUGCAGACAACACUGGAACUUUAGAGCCGUAUAUUUGUUCUUCAAACGUACCUGUAGCUGCAGACUUUUCUUCUGACAGCGUAGAACCAAUGAAAAUUGACGAAGAUGUUUCACAAUCAUCAUUAACGUUAGAGACGUCUUUGAGUAAUUUAGAUGUAAUCAAGACUUCGUAUGGACCUUUAAACUGUUAAAGUAGAUGAUGGUGUUUCUGUAAAUAUUUCUACUUUAAAUGAAAUUCAUCGCUUAGAACGUCUCGAUGCUGUUGAUGAUAAAUGAAAAUUUUGACUGAUUUCGAUAAUUUGCCGAUGACGAUAAUCGGUAUGUAGCGAAAAUAGGCUUAUUACGAUAAUCGGCAUAUAAUGAUAAUAGUCUAAUAACGUUAAUCGGUUUAUAACGAUAAUAGGAAUCAUACGUGAUACCGACAUCUUAAACGCCGAUAUAUCGGCAUAUCAGACGAUGGAAGUAAUAAAAAUGUAUCGAAUCGAGAUUUUUAUCUUAUUUUGCAUUUAAAAACUAAAAAUGUUUACCAGUGACAUUUUUUAUUUAAAAAGGUAAAAUAAUUUUGAAUGAUAUCGGUAAUCGUCCUAUGACAAUAAUAGGACUAGCGAUAAUCGGCCUUAAAGAAUAACCCGUUUAGAACGAUAAUAAUCAGCAUAUACGAAAUAUGGGUAUCUGGAUAGUUUUCCGCAUGAUAAUUGUUCAAACGACAGUUCUUCGAAUUACAUUUAUUCGAAUGGACAGUUAUUCGAAAAGACAAUUUUUAGAAUAUAUAAUUCUUCGAAUAGACAAUUUUUCCAAAUAAGUUGGUUUUAUUUUAUAUAAUUUAAUUUUAAUUAGUAUUAUAAUACAUAAUAAAUUUAGUUUUGAGAAAUUGUAAUCUUUUAAAUAAGGGUUUUAUGGUUCAGAUUAAAUGCCAUCCAUCUAAUAAAUAAGCAGAAAAUUAUUAUUCCAACCAUUUUAGACGCUUACAUUAAAUUUAGUGAAAAAAAGUUAUUUUCAACGGAUUUUUAUUCGUUAAAGACAAAGCCGUUGAUGAAAAAAUAUAUUGGAAGUGUGAGUUCAUUUUGCCUAAAAAAUGUAAAUCGCGAGCAAUUACAGGCCAUGACGAUGUUUGCAAAGAGACUUUCCACAACUACCCCACGGAUGCAGCAGAAGUAGAUGCCAUACGUUUUAAGAAUAAACUGAAGGACAAUGCUAGGACAACAAGAAACACUCCACACUACCUAGUAUCGGCACUAUCAAGUGAAGUGGACAAACUAACAGCAGCCAAACUAAGUAAAAUAAAUAGUUUAAAGUGGACAAUACACAGGGAAAGAGUGAAAGAAAACAUGGAAAUCACACAGCUGAAAAGUGUAAAUGAGUUGGUAUCUACCUGAUUCUUUUAGAACCACCACAAAAGGUGAACCAUUUCUAGUUUUCGAUUCUGGAAACAUAACACCGUUUUCAAAUUUUUUUUUUAUAAAAAAAUAAAAUAAAUGGAAUUUCAGGUGCGACACCGAGUGUUUUUUGUUUAAAUUACCUACACUUUAUCAUUCCCCAAUAACGUUUUCGAAAAAUGGUCUGUUCGAACAAUUGGCUCUUUGAAAAACUGGCCGUUUGAAGAACCAUCUGUUCGAAUAACUGUCCAUUCGAAAAAUUGUCCAUCAAAAACCUGUCGUUCGAAAAAUUGUCCUAGAUUUCGAAAUAUCAAUAUCGUAAACGCCUAUAUUUGAAAUUAAAAAUUGACAUUUUUGUGGAUUCAUAUUUUUGUUUUUCUCUUAUCACCAGUAUUUUUUUUUUAUUUUGAAUUAUUGAUAAUCAACCUAUGAUGAUAAUCGAUAAUCGGCCUAAAACAAUAGAUUUAUAACGAUGGUUAAUAGAAUUAUAUCGAUAAUAGAUACGAGAUACCAAUAUCAUACGCCGAUGGAAGUAAUAAAUUUUUUUUAUCGAAAUUUUUAUUUUAUUAUUCUUACUAGUGAGUUUUUAAUUUGAAAAUUAAAAUUUUGAAUGAUAUCGGUAAUCGGCCUUCAACGAAAAUUGUACUAGCGAUAAUCGGCCUUAAACAAUAAUCUGUAACGAUAAUCAGCGUAUACGACAUCGAUAUUGUAAUCGCCGAUAUUUGAAAUUAAACAUUUACAUUUUUGUGGUCGGUCUUUUUGUUUUUCAUCUAUUACGAGUAUAUAUUUUUAUUUUAAAACUAUAUGUUUAUAACGAUGAUCGACUUAUAAUGAUAAUAGAAUUAUAUAGAUAAUCGACUUAUACGCAAUACCAAUAUCAUACGCCGAUAUAUCGGUAUACCAGCCGAUGGAAGUAAUAAAAAUAUAUUUAUCGAAAUUUGUUACCAGUGUAUUUUUUAUUUUAAAAGUUAAAAUCCUGAAUUAUAUCGAUAAUCGGUCUAUGACGAUAAUUGGCAUAUAACAGUAAUCGGCAUAUAGUUAUAAUCGGCUUAAAAUAAUCUGUUUAUAACGAUAAUUGACUUAUAACGACAAUCGAAUUAUAACGAUAAUCGGCCUAUACGCGAUACCGAUAUCACAAAUGCAGAUAUAACGGCAUAUCGGUCCUUAAUAAAAUUGUCCCAUAACGAGAUUUUUUGUUUAUCAUUAAAAAAAAAAGUUUUUGUGAAAUAUUGUUUUUCAUCUGUUAAUAGUGAUUAUUUUUAAAUUUUUAAAACCGCAUAUGACGAUAAUAGUCUUGUAACGAUAUUCGAUUUACGGCGAUAAUCGGUUUAUAACUAGAAAACGGCGUAUGACGAUAAUAAGCAUAUAGGCUUAUACGCUGUAACGAUAUCGUUAACGACGAUAUAUCGGCCGAUAGAAGUAAUGAAAAAGUCUCGUAUCGAGAAUUUAUCUUUAUUUUUCAAAUUUACAAUUAAAGGUUUAUUUUUUCUGAAUCUUUAUUUUUUUUUCCAUCAUCUACUAGUUGAAUUUUUUUUCUCAAGUUAAAAUUAUAUUAUUCUUUAGUGUACACUGCGAGGGUACCAGUUUUGUCUACGUCCCAACCGCAACUCGGGUUCCCGCGGUGUUGCCAAAUGCCAAUGCGUUAAUUUGUAAGUUACAUUUGUUAUUUACUUCGGCUGUGUUGUUUCUCAUUGUAUCAUAGAAAAAUAGAUUGUACAAUCGGUUAUAGACCAUUUCAUGUGGUACGAAAUAUAUGGUGGCAAUACAAAAGAUACUUUUACCAAUAUUUGUGAACAUAUUUCAGAAUAAUAUGCAAUUUAAUUAAUUGUUGUUUAUUAAAAAAAUCAAUAGGUACUUAAGUUUAUUUGGUAUAAGUAGC